UCUUUCCUCACCAGCCCCUUCUUUCAGGACCAGCACCCAGUACCCCAGGCUCUGCCCCACUUCUCCCAACACCCACGACCCUCAGGGACCUAGGUGUCCCUGCCCAGCACUCACAGGACACAUUGAGCUGGUGGUACUCUCCGUGGCCGCACCUGCUCCAGGGAAAGUCGCUCAGCAGGUGGAGUCCCAGUGGGGUCACACACAGCUGAGGAAGAUUCCGUCUCCAGCUCCUGGCUCUCUGUCUGUGGGCUUCCCCUCAUGCACCACUGUCCACAUCAGGAAAACAGAUGCUGCCUGUCCAAGCUCUGUGGAUCACAGCUUCUAGAUGCUCAGGAGAGCCAGUCCUGCCAGGUAUGUGAAUCAGGAAAAGCCUCCAGCCUGACCCACGGACUUGGGACUUUCCAGUCUCUACAACCAUGGUCCCUUGCUCAAGAUAAUGCAUUCCGAUUGCAAAUGAAGGAGUCAGUGACAGUGCAAGAGGGUCUGUGCAUCCUCGUGCCCUGCUCCGUCUUCUACCCCCGGCGGGGCUGGAUUGACUCUGACCCAGCUCAAGGCUACUGGUUCCGGAAUGAGUCCAAUAUCCUCUCCGACGCUCCAGUUGCCACAAACGACGCAGGCAGAAAAGUGCAAGAGGAGACCAAGGGCCGAUUCCACCUCGUUGGAGACCCCCGAGAUUAUAACUGCUCCCUGGACAUCAGAGACGCCAGGAUGGCAGACAAGGGAUCAUACUUCUUUAGGAUCGUCAGAGGAUCUUACGUGUUAUAUAAUUUCAAACAAAACCAGCUCUAUAUGCAUGUGACAGCCCUGACACAGACACCCAACAUCCACAUUCAGGGGACCCUCGAAUCUGGCCACCCCACAAGUAUAACUUGUAAGGUGCCAUGGGCCUGUAAGAGGGGGAUGCCUCCCACCUUCUUCUGGAUUGGGGUCGCCGUCACAUCCCUGGGCUCCAAGACUUCCAACUCCUCAGAGCUGACAUUCACCCCAGAGCCACAUCACCAUGGCACGAACCUCACCUGCCGAGUGAACUUCCCUGGAGCAGGUGUGGCCACAGAGAGUACCAUCCAGCUCAAUGUGUCCCGGUCCCUUGCUCAAGAUAAUGCAUUCCGAUUGCAAAUGAACAAGUCAGUGACAGUGCAAGAGGGUCUGUGCAUCCUCGUGCCCUGCUCCGUCUUCUACCCCCGGCGGGGCUGGAUUGACUCUGACCCAGCUCGAGGCUACUGGUUCCGGAAUGAGUCCAAUUACUUCUCCGACGCUCCAGUUGCCACAAACGACGCAGGCAGAAAAGUGCGAGAGGAGACCAAGGGCCGAUUCCACCUCGUUGGAGACCCCCGAGAUUAUAACUGCUCCCUGGACAUCAGAGACGCCAGGAUGGCAGACAAGGGAUCAUACUUCUUUAGGAUCGUCAGAGGAUCUUACGUGUUAUAUAAUUUCAAUCAUUACCAGCUCUAUGUACAUGUGACAGCCCUGACACAGACACCCAACAUCCACAUUCAGGGGACCCUCGAAUCUGGCCACCCCACAAAUAUAACUUGUAAGGUGCCAUGGGCCUGUAAGAGGGGGAUGCCUCCCACCUUCUUCUGGAUUGGGGUCGCCGUCACAUCCCUGGGCUCCAAGACUCCCAACUCCUCAGAGCUGACAUUCACCCCAGAGCCACAUCACCAUGGCACGAACCUCACCUGUCGAGUGACCUUCCCUGGAGCAGGUGUGGCCACAGAGAGUACCAUCCAGCUCAAUGUGUCCUGUGCCACCGAGCUGAACUUGACUCAUAGAGACCCUAUGCGACAGAGCAGAACUGCCCCACAGGGCUUCCAGGCUGUAAUCUUUACUGGAGCAGAUCACCAAGUCUUUCUCCCAUGGAGCUGCUGGUUUUCACUGAACAAAAGAACAGAUAAAGCAAGCAGCAAGCAAGUAGAGAUGGGGACGACAGAUGCCACACCACAUGAAGAUCACCAAGCAGCCAGUGAACAGAAGAUAGAGAAAACGACCUUCCGUCAAAGACAACAGAGAAAGAAAACCUACCUCUAGGGGCGGCCCCCUGAAUUCUAGCCUCCUAACUGUGAGAAAAUAAAUUUCUGUUUGACAAAGUCACCCACCUUCGGUAUUUCUGUUACGGCAGCACUAGAUAACUAAGUAGCAUAAGUGUUUUGAAGAAAAAUAAAGCAAGGUUAAUUAAGAGUUACGGAAUAAGCAGGAUGAAGAAGGUAGAGUAGUUUUCGUUAGAGUGGUGAAGAACCGCCUCUCAGAAGAGACAAUCUGAGACCAGCUUUUCGAGGUACCGCCUACCACUCCUGAUUGACUCAAACCCUGGGCACGUGGUGAGGGGUGAAAGGGAGGGGGUCAGUGCACUUUCAGCCCCUUGAUUGGUGAAAGAGAAGGUGGGCAGUCACUGAUUGGCUGCGACGUAGGCACUCCACGGCCUGAGGCACAGGGGGCAACUGUCGCCAGCUUCUCUGCGCCUGAGGUGGCGCAUGCUCUGUUGGCUUCCCUGGCAGAGCGUUGGGCACAGGCAUUUUGCUGCUACCGCCCAAACUGGGCUUCAAGUGAGGCAGGGCUCCCAGUUCAAUCAGGCAGGGUGCCCUCGGGCUGGGAGGCAGUCACGAGGUCGGUUAGACAGUCGUGAAGGUUUUCAGGCCUGUGAGACCUCCUCGAGCCCUGUGAUCCAAUGUGCCACUUGGUCUAACGAAGGUCAGUUCUGCAUCAGUUAGAUGGUCAUGCUGCCUGAGAACCAGUCCACGGACUAAGCAAUUCACCAGGAACCCCUCUCUAUCAGCCUGUCAGUCAGUCACCUGGUCAGCCGAAGGACAAUGAGUGGGUCACAAACGUACCAAUAAGACAACCAAGUGGUCUGUCGGUAAUCAGAUUGGUGCCCUUAGGAGUCAAAGGGUUAGUCCCCUUGUAAUCAGUUAAUCAGAUAAUCCACCCCUUAGUAGCCUCCCCUGUUAAUCGGUUCAUUAGCCUCUGCUAAGUCAGUCUGUCUCUUAAUAAAUUAAUCCCCCUAUAAGGCACUCAGUCGUUAAUCACACAGUUAUCCCAUGUGUAAGCCAGUCAGUUCCAAGGUUAGCCGUUGGUUCCCCUAAAAAAUCAGUUUUCAGUCAGCAUAAGUAGGUGGGUCAUCCCUAAGUCAGUCAUUCCCUUGGCAAGUCGGUAGAGACCUUUGCAUCACUAAUGCCCCGCGCGGGGGCGGGGUGGGGUGGAGAAUUUCCAAGGGAAUAUCCCGAUGGUGGUGUGCUGAGGACAAAGAAUACCCUGAAGCCCUUGGAAGAAGAAACAAAGGUAAAACUGAAAGGGGAAAUAACAGGAAAAGGAAAUGUAAGGGGGAGAAAAGAAAGGGUGAGUGAAGAGACAUCCGAAGAAUGCUCUUAUACAGCCUGGUUGAGGGGAGCAAGAAGAAAUUUGUGUGUCAAGCAAUAAAACCUGCUCAUAGUACAGAUGAGGAAACAAAAGGAAAGCAGAAAAGGGAAAUACUUGAAUAAAGCCAUUUGGUGAUUUACUGGCAAAGCCAGCGCCAGACCCCAGACAGGGCUUAUUCCAACAUCCAACCAAAAAAAAAAAAAAAACCCCAUUGCCGUGGAGUCCAUUCCGACUCAUAACGACCCUAUAGGACCGAGUAGAACUACCCCAUAGAGUUUCCAAGGAGCACCUGGUGCAGUCGAACUGCUGACCUUUUGGUUAGCAACCAUAGGUCUUAACCACUACACCACCAGGGUUUCCCAACACCCAACACGAGCUUUUAAAUCAGAGAAGGGGAAGGAAAAAAUUGGCAGUAUAAAAAGACAGCAGAUGUGGGGUGUGAAGAAAAGAAGCAUUGCAUUACCUGGGAGCCUGGGCAGCAUCUUUCGGACCUGUGAAGAAGGAGAAAUGGUGAUGUAUUUUGACAUGUGGAGAUUAAGAGUUGGGGUGGAGUCCUCUCAAAGGGUUCCCAUCAGGUCAUAGCUGAAGAUGCCUUUAACUCACAUUUCUGUACAGUUUACAGCUAUUUACAUGCAUAUCUUACCAACCCUGUAAGGUGGUCAGUGCAGAUUUAUUUCCAUAGUUUAUUCAUGAGGAAGUGGACUCAUAGAGCAGAGGGGACUUGACCAUGCCUACACCUCAGUUUUCAAGGCAAAAUGAGCAGACAGCUCUUUGAAGUAGAGAGGCUCCAAAGAGCUAGGUAGAGUGGCAGGAGUUGAUGUCUGAGAGAUAAAAGGAAAGGACCACAUCAUGCAGAACUUUACCUCUUAUUCCAGAUGAGACAAGUGCCUUUGGAGAGCUUUGAGCAGAGAAAGGGCAGAAUCUUAUUUCUUUAUUGAUAGGAUCCCUCUGGCUGCUGUGUGCAUAGACUGUAAGGUAACAAAGCUAAAGCAGCAAGACCAGUGAGGAGAUUAUUGCAGCAAUCUGGGUGAAAGGAUAGUGGCUUGGGCCAGGGUGGUAGCGGUGCAGGAGAUUAAAAGUGGUAUUCAGAUUGUGAAUGUAUUUUGAAAAUAAUUCCAACAGCAUUUCCUGAUAGAUGGGCUAUGAGACAUGUAGUCGUCGAAGAGGACUCUGAGGUUUUGAUUCUUGAUUUCUUCUUGAUCAUAAUUUUAUUUGGUUUAGAGACAUGUUUUUUAAGUUUUAGGUGACAGGAUUUUUCCCUUUGGAGUGGAGGAGGGUGUUUAAGCUUUUAAUAUUAAUGUUUAUCUUUACCAUAUUGCCUAGUGGCCAGAGAAAGUGGAUAGGCUUCACGAUUUCUACUUUUUUGAAAGUUGGUCUGGAGGAAGAAAAACCUGAGUUUUAAAAGUAUCUGUAAGUCCACCUGCUGAAUAAAACCAAAAAACCAAACCCGCUGCCAUUGAGUUGAUUCCGGCCCUUAGCAACCUAUGGAACAGAGUAGAACUGCCCCAUAGGGUUUCCACUGAGUGGUCGGUGGAUUCGAACUGCUGACCUUUUGGUCAGUAACCCUGACCUCUUAACCACUGUGCCACUAUGGCUGCCACUUGCUGAAUGACCCUGGGAAAAUCACUUAUUUCUCUGAGCCUCAGUUUCCACCUCUAUAAAAAGGAAAUAAUAAGAUCUAAUUUCAUAGCAAUUGUGGGAAUAAAAAAGACUAUCAUUAUGGAUUGAAUUUUGCUCCCCUAAAAUAUGUGUUGUAAAUCCUAACCUCUAUGCCUGUGGUUAUAAUCUCAUUUGAGAAUAAAUUUUCUUCAUUAUGUUAAUGAGGCAGAAUUAGUAUAGGGUGUGUUUUGAGACAAUCUCUUUUGCUAUAUAAAAGAGAUUAAACAAGCAAGCUAGCAAGCAGAGAUGGGGGAAGAGAGAUGCCAAGCCACGUGAAGAAUUCCCAAGAGCAGACAGACGCUCAGAAGAGACAAAGACCUUCCUCCAGAGCCAACAGAGAGAGAAAGCCCCCUCUGAAGCUGGCACCCUGAAUUUGGACUUCUAGCCUCCUAAACUGUGGGAAAAUAAAUUUGUUUGUUAAAGCCACCCACUUGUUGUAUUUCUGUUAUAGUAGCACUAGAUAAUAAGAUAGCCACUCAAAUGCAAACAAACAAAAGCUAUUUAUUCAGUUUUGCAAUAGCAAGGGCGUGAGCCAUCAUUGCUUGCAUUUGGCAAAGACUCAAAAGUAGGCACGGGAGUGAGAAGCUGUUAUGGUGGAAAAAAGGAAAGGAGCUUCAGAUAUUCUCUGUAUGUAUGUUGUUAUCAUGUGGUAGCUGGAGAUGAGCUAAAUAGAAGCAGGGGCAUCUUAUGUGAUUGGAUUGGGGAGCAUAUUUGACUUUCUCUGGAUGAUUCUUAGUUGGAAGCAAGGGCAAAAACAGGGAAGCUAGCACUCACUGAACAAGUCCUUACUAUUUUGGGCCAAGCUGCAGAGGUGUGGUUUGGCUUCCCCAAGCUGAUUACUGCAGAGGUUGAGCAUCAGAGUUCUAUUGUUAUAUAUGUCCUGGCCUUGUCUGUUUGUGUAUUCAGCCUCCUAGGUUCUUGGAAGAAUUAAGUGACAUAAUGUGUGUGUGUGUGUGUGUGUGUGUGUGUGUGUGUGU